AAAGGAGAGUGAAAGCGAGACAGAGCAUUGACUGAGAACCAUUUUCAUCCAAUUUAUAUCUGUUUAUUUUGUAAUCCUCGAUUGGACAUGCUUAACGUUGAUUGUCUAGCAGGACAAUAUUGGUCUACGCAGUUCAGGGAACGUUUCAUCUGACGAAUGUUGGUCUUAGUUGAUGUAAUUUAAGUGUAUUUGGAGCGAACUUCAAAAUUUACCACGUUCACUUGAACUGCAUCAUGAAUAGUUUGUGGGCACCUCUCGAUCUCAUACCUUUGGAACGGUGGGGAUUACGCAGCCAAAAAACGGGGAGCAUGUGAACGCAAAUGGAGUUUAGGAUUUAUUGCAAAAUAAGGGAAAGAUGACCGUCUUCUCUUUGUGUCUACUCUUGUGCGCAGAUCUACUGGAUUUAGCCUUUGGAUAUUUGACAGUAACCAUUGAACCGCUUCCUCCUGUUGUUGUUGGAGAGACUGUGACCCUGAAGUGCAACUUUAAGACUGAUGGAAGACUUCGAGAGAUUGUGUGGUACAGGGUCACAGACGGGGGCACCAUUAAGCAGAAAAUCUUUACCUAUGAUGCUAUGUUUAAUACCAAUUACUCUCAUAUGGAAGAUUAUCGCAAACGGGAAGACCUUGUGUACCAGUCUACAGUUCGACUCCCAGAGGUACGGAUCUCGGACAAUGGGCCAUAUGAGUGCCACGUGGGCAUCUACGACCGAGCAACAAGAGAAAAGGUGGUGUUGGCAUCGGGAAACGUAUUUCUCACUGUUAUGUCACCUCCAAACAACAUCUCAGUUACUGCAGAGAAUUGUCCUGCUCCAUUCAGCCGGUAUCAGGCCCAGAACUUCACUCUGCUAUGCACUGCAAAGGGAGGCAAACCUGCCCCUUCGGUGUAUUUUAAGCGGGAUGGAGAGUUGAUAGAAGUGAUAUCCUACAUCCACCCUUCAGCUAUUGCUGAAGAAGGUGGUGCAGCUGGGGUUCGGGGUGCCAGGCCGCUCAUUAGCAGGGACCUAGACGACACCAAGAUGCAGAGGUCCCUCUCCUUGUUGGAUCCAGAGGGUCGGCCUGCCCGCCUGUUCACCGAGAGCACUGAGCGUGUUCAUACCCCGGGACAGCACAGCCAGGGCCAGCAGCAGGAGCAGCCAAGCCCUGCCACAGAGGUCAUUCCAGAGACGGUAGUGAGCCGGGAGUUCCCCCGCUGGGUGCAGAGCACUGACCCACUCUACUACUUCAGCCACACCCACAUCCCCCAAAGUGAUGGCUCUGUGCUGGUGCAGGCCAGACUCACCUGGACCCUUAACCCCCAGCUAGACAAUGACGCCAUGUUUAGCUGUGAGGUCAAGCACCCAGCACUGUCCAUGCCCAUGCAAACAGAGGUCACACUUGCGGCUCCUAAGGGCCCAAAGCUUUUGAUGACCCCCACCAGAGCAAAGGUAGGGGACACGGUGCGCAUCACCGUGCAAGGAUUCCAGGUAGGCGCUGGGGUUCCUGGGAACGAGGUUUUUCCAGAGCCCCUCUUCACCUGGACCCGGGUUGGGGGACGUCUGCUGGAUGGGAGUACAGAGCGGGAUGGGAAGGAGCUGAUUCUGGAGAGAGUGCCAGCUGAGCUUAAUGGCUCCAUGUACCGUUGUACGGCCCAGAAUCCUUUGGGCUCUACGGACACGCACACUCGCCUCAUAGUCUUUGAAAAUCCAGCCAUGAUGAAAAACACUCGCCGUCCAAUAAACGGAGCCCCUCACGUGGAUGUGCUCGGAGUUGUAUGGAUUGUGCUGGCCCUGAUCCUCACAGUGACUGUGGAACUGACGUGAACCUUCCCAGCCAACAUCAACUGUAUACAGAUCACACAGUAGACACACGCGCACACACACACACACACACACACACACACACACACACACACACACACACAAAUACAUUACCCCAAGCCUGAAACCCCAUAGACAUACACAAACACCAACCACACACAGAGUUCCUGCAAGCCUCAUCAAACAGGCUGUCCAUGCGUCUUUCAGGAACCACUGCCACCACCAGAUGACCCUCCACUCAAUUUUUAAAAAUAAAAUAAUAACCAAGAUUAUAAUAUAAAGAAAAAAAUACUGAACAUGAAAAUAACCCCCUUCAGUAUACUACACCUUCUUUCUUUCUUCUCCCACCUCCUGCCCAUUGACCAAUUCAAUAAUUGUUGUUUUAAUAUGUUCAAAAGUUGCAGGUGUUGACUGUGGAGAGACACUGAACCAACCAAUUGCUCGAUUCCCUGGGUUGUUCCAUACCCCUUCUUUCAGCUACUGAUAAACAACAGGGAACUAAUGUGAAUACUCAUUGAGAACAUUUUAUAUUACUAUACAACAGAGUUGGGGUCAGUUCUGAAUUCCAUUGCAAAUCGUUUUUUAUAAUCAAUUCUUGACCACACCUCUCAGUAAUCUGAAUUUGAAUGAUAUGAUGCUUAAAUUGAUAGUGUAUUCCAUACAUCAUUAUGUCCAUCUAAUUUUUACAUGAUGUGAAUACUUGGUGUGGACACUUGGGGUGCUAAGCUGCUGUUUCAUACUACCCUUCGCAAUUGAAAUGUAGAGGCACUCAGGUUCUCGUUGCACAUAUUUCGUUGACACCAUUGCAUCUGUGCAAAUGUCAGCCUGCAAAUCAUUUGGGGCAGGCCGAAAAACACCUAGUUCUAAAACCCCAAUAUCCUGGGUCUGAAAUAUUUCCUGAAGACAUUGGACAAAUACUGGUCUGAAAAAUAUUUUAAGUGUUGUCUGUAAUAAUCCAUAGUUCCCAUAACAAUUUUUCAGAAUGCAUUUAAUCAGAAAUACAUCAGCAGCGUAAAAUAGAAUUAAAUAUACAAAAUACAGUUUGAAACUACUGCAUUAUUUUAAAUGUUAUGUUUUCAUUAAUGAGUGAGACAUGAUUUUGUAAGUUAUUUUAAUUGUUUUGAAUUAAAUUGCUUAAUGUAUUACAAAUUCUGCUUCCUGUAGGGUGUGGCCAAUUCAAAUGUGAAUUUCCAAUAAUGGGUUGAAUCUCAUGAAUUUCAGAAAUUCCAAAUUCACCCCAACCCUGCUAUACAGUUAUUUAUUUUCCCUGGAUGGCCUGGAAUGUUAGGAGGAUUCACCCUUUGCGGAGUCCCAGAAAACUGAAAUGGACGCUUUUCACGAAACAGUCACCUUCAACCUAGCUUCCAUUUCCACUUCAUGUUGGAAUGCCGCUCAGGUGUUUGUUUUACACCUGCUAUGUUAGGUUAAAGAGGACUAAACACGAAGAGAAAAUGGAACAUCUUUUUGAGUAUAUUUUGUGUACAUCUGUGUAAAUAUUGAAGAUAAUCAGAGGUUUUAUGGGUUGAGAUUAGGAUUGGUUGAUGAAGAGUUGGGUGGGUUUGCAGCAGUUCACAGCCUUUGUAUUUUCUCAUCCUUUCCUUGCUGAUUCAGGAGUUAAUCUAAUAGGCUGAUAGGACCGAAUUGUUUACAGCCACUGAUUCCAUUCGUUCAUUUUGCAUCUGUGUGGCAAGUUAAGUACAUGAGGAAAACGAGGACAGAAAAAACAAUGCAAAUAUCUUACAUUAUGUCUGCCAUUUUGGGAUUGUGGUGCAUGUGACGUUUGGAAAUUCUUUCUCCUUUAUGUGUUGCAGUGGUCAACACUGCAUCUCAUUUUCACUGGCCUGUAUUCCUGUUAUUUACUGUUGCAUACUAUCUUUAAAGUGACCUGCGUUGUGUAAAAUAUGUAACUCUUCCCCCUGACAUCUGCCAGUAGGAUCAUGUUAGCCACCAUUCCAGGAAGAUGCUCACCUGACGCGAAGUGGAAACAGGGUUGUUGCAUUUGUUUCAUAUCACCUGUAUUAAAAUGGAGAGAUUAUCAAAUAA